CUCUUUCUAUCUGAUUUUUUAUUUAUUUUAUUGGUCGAUAGUUGAUUUCUUUCUCUAUCUAGCAUGUUGGAAAAAGAAAUAGACCAGUUUUACCUUUCUCUACCUUUUCCUUCUAUAGAUGUACACUCCUGAAUAGUAAACAGUUUAUUGUUCACUCUGUGAUUUCUCUUAAAUUCGCGUAUAAAUCUUUACUUCUGCUCCUUGUCAUUUAAAAGAAGAAGAAGACAUUUCACGUUUGAGAUUUAAUGAAUUUGCUCGAGUUGGAGUCUGAUUAAAGUUUUGGAGUUUUUUAAUCCUCGCAAAGUGUCAAAUAAAUUGAUAUAUCCGAUCAUGAAGCCAACGCUCGUGGCUGAUGAAAUGUUUCCCGAAGGAGCUGGACCUUACGUCGAGUUAGACGAGGUUGGUGGUAGUAGGUUAUUGGUAGAUCUUACAGCAAGCGAAAAAGCUGUUCAUGCAGAUUUUCACAAUGAUGGUAAGAAUUACCUAGCUAGCAAAAAAUUUUCAUCUUUCUCUGAAAAUAAUCAAGAUUUAGAACAAAAUAGUUUACAAACUGUGUCGAAACAAGUCCAUUCUGAUUGCAUUAAUGAUUUUGAUGAUUUGUUCGAUGAUGAUGAUUUGGACUGAAGCAUUCCUAAAGAAUUAAACUAUGCGAUACUUUUGCAGACUGCAAUUAACUUAGCAUUAGAGCGGAAAAUUUCUGAUUUUCAUAAAUCCAUGAAAUAUUGUAUAAUCAAUCAUGUAUCAUCAGUUGCAUUCAGCAGAAGCAUAGUAUUGGGUUAACACUCAGUACUGUAUGUAUAUCAAUAAAUAAAGAAUUUCACUAAAGCUUAUCAA